GAGAGUCAUAGUUGACCCGGUUUAACGACUCCUGACCUUCAGUCCAGGGCUGAGUCAGCGGAGCCCGGAGUGGCUUCCCUGGCUGGCACCUGGACGUAGGCUAUUUCCGUUCACGUCCAAGCAGAAUACUGGAACCAAUUGGACAGAACUUCCAAACUUUUGACGUCCAACAAGAUUCACCCCUGACGCCUUCAUCUCAGGACUGGGAACAGGAAAAGCCGACGCGUGCACUUCCCCCUUCCCCAAGCGUGUGAGUGGGUACCGUGGGCAAGCCCGCCCACCCGCUUGGGCAGCGAUGGUAGCCAGGGACCACCCGCGUUAGUGGAUCGGGGACGGGGGAAACGCGGACCGCAUCAACGACUCUCCAUCGCCGCCUCUUUCGGAAACCAAGAGAAAAAUGGUGGGAGGCGAAAAGAAAACUAAAUAAAAAGCAACUUGUCUUAGGACCUCAGCUAAGCAAAUGAAGCCUUCUUGCGCGUGCUGAGCCUGCAGUUCUCAACCUUCUAGGAAAAGAUGGGAGGACUGGGCGACAGAAGGCACAGCAGGAAUGCCCCGCAGUGAGUGCAACCGGAGCUCUGCCCGUUGCACCGCAGAGGCCUAAAACCAACUCUGCAGGAAGCGCCCGCGGCGCCGGGAGCCGCGCACCCUCGCCAGCGACCACGUGAUCACUUUUUUUUUUUUUUUUGGAGAAAAAAAAAAACUUCUUUGCCUUAAGGGAAAAAAAAAAAAAAAAGAGACUCCACUUCCCAGAAGCCUCUCGUUCCCCAAGCAGCUGCAGUCUUGCGCAGGCGCCGCCCGGGCCAAACGGACACGUCCGUCACGUGGGCAGGAGCCGGCCAAUCGGGUUUGAAUCUCAUUUUUUCCUCUCGCCCCCCCUUCAGGAGCGGUUGUGCGAUCAGAUCGAUCUAAGAUGGCGACUGUGGAACCGGAAACCACCCCUACCACUAAUCCCCCACCUGUGGAAGAGGAAAAGACAGAGUCUAGCCAGGAGGUUGCUAACCCAGAGCACUAUAUUAAACACCCUCUGCAGAACAGGUGGGCACUCUGGUUUUUUAAAAAUGAUAAAAGCAAAACUUGGCAAGCAAACCUUCGAUUGAUCUCUAAGUUUGAUACUGUUGAAGACUUUUGGGCUCUAUACAACCAUAUCCAGUUGUCUAGUAAUUUAAUGCCUGGCUGUGACUACUCACUUUUUAAGGACGGCAUUGAGCCUAUGUGGGAAGAUGAGAAGAACAAGCGAGGAGGACGGUGGCUGAUUACACUGAACAAGCAGCAGAGACGGAGUGACCUUGAUCGCUUCUGGCUAGAGACACUGCUGUGCCUUAUUGGAGAAUCUUUUGAUGACUACAGUGAUGAUGUGUGUGGAGCUGUUGUUAAUGUUAGAGCUAAAGGUGAUAAGAUAGCAAUAUGGACUACUGAGUGUGAGAACAGAGAUGCAGUCACACACAUAGGGAGGGUAUACAAGGAAAGGUUAGGACUUCCUCCGAAGAUAGUGAUUGGUUAUCAGUCCCACGCAGACACAGCUACAAAGAGCGGCUCCACCACUAAAAAUAGGUUUGUUGUUUAAGAAGACACCUUCUGAGUAUUCUCACAGGAGACUGCGUCACGCAAUCGAGAUUGGGAGCUGCACCAAAGCCUCAUCAAAGCAGAGUGGACUGCACUGACGUUGAUUCCAUCCAAGUGUUGCUAAGAUAUAAGAGAAGUCUCAUUCGCCUUUGUCUUGUACUUCUGUGUUCAUUCUCCUCCCCCACCCUCAAUUUUUGCUAGUGUGUCCACUAUCUCAAUCAAAGAAUUACCGUAUACAUCACCCCAGAACCCGCAGAUGUGUUCCUGGCCUGCUCUGUAACAGCUGGUUAGAAUUACCAGGACACACACACACAUUGGCCUUUCCACAGUAUUCGAACAAGAACUUGCAUUUCUAUUACCUUAGCAGGAAAGAUCUGGUUUUGUUCCACUCCACGCAGGAGCGGACUUUGCUGGUGUGAGAGUCUGAGUCCAGCUUUCUAGCAACCUUCUGUUUCCUGUAACAGCACUGUCCUUGCUGUCCUCUUGCUGAUGGCUGCUAGAUUUAAUUUAUUUGCUUCCCUCCUUGAUAACAUUAGUGAUUCUGAUUUCAGUUUUUCAUUUGUUUUGCUUUUGUUUUUUUCCUCAUGUAACAUUGGUGAAGGAUCCAGGAAUAUGACAGAAAGGUGGAAUAAACAUUAAAUUUGUGCAUUCUUUGGUAAUUUUUUUGUUUUUUGUAACUACAAAGCUUUGCUACAAAUUUAUGCAUUUCAUUCAAAUCAGUGAUCUAUGUCUGUGUGAUCCCUAAACAUAAUUGUGGACUAUAAAAAUGUAACACCAUAAUUACAUUCCUAACUAGAAUUAGUAUGUCUGCUUUUGUAUCUUUAUGCUGUACUUUAACACUUUGUAUUACUUAGGUUAUUUUGCUUUGGUUACAAUGGCUCAAGUAGAAAAGCGGUCCCAUCCAUAUUAAGACAGUGUACAAAACUGUAAAUAAAAUGUGUACAGUGAAUUGUCUUUUAGACAACUAGAUUUGUCCUUUUAUUUCUCCAUCUCUAGAAGGAAUCUGUACUUCGUAUUGCAAGGCAGUCUCUUGUGUCUUAGAGUGUCUUCCCAUGCACAGCCGCAGUUGGAGCACUAGUUUAUUAUUAUGUUUAUUACAAUUUUUAAUAAAUUGAAUAGAUAGUAUCACAUGUAAUUAAACUGAUGUGGCUAUCUUUUUUAAUAAAGUUAAGGCACAGUUUUUCAGUCUUAGGUUAAAUAAUGUACUUUGACUAUGUUAAAAUUCAUGAGAAUUGGGAUUUUGGUGUAUCACCAUUUGAUAGGAACAGUGGCUAUAAACUGAUUGUUGAGUUUGACAUGUUUUUACUUAAUGGCCAGAAAGUUAGCAUAAGGAAAGUAUAGAGGAACAUGGGUUAGGAACAUUAGUGUUACUAUCUGAAUAAAACAAUAAAGAAGUAUUAAGAAC